CGGUUGUCCCCAGAUGGACCUGUGUGCUGUAGCUUCAGUUUUCGUGUGAACACAGACCAGACUUGAAACUCCCACUCAAUCCAAUUUUCCCGCCACUGCGCCCAAAUUCACACGAAUCCUUUGCCACAUCUCAUCGUUCCCAUCGGAGUCUUGCAAAUCCACUGGAUCUACACCGCAAACAACCCUAGAUCUGUUGAAGUUUAUCUGGAAGACAUGUCCGGCCAAUCCGACCCUCGAGGUUCAACAUUUUCAGCCGCUGAGUUGGAGUUUUUAGCGGAGGAUGAAACAAUAGAGAUUGUUCCGAACUUAAGAAUGGAGCGCCUCAGUUUGAUCUGCGGUGAUUUUGGACCAUUUCGGCCCCAAAUAGCUACUCAAGUUCCAAUUUGGUUAGCUGUCGCUUUGAAGAAGCGAGGAAAGUGCACAAUUCGACCUCCAGAUUGGAUGUCUGUCGAAAAGUUGACUCAAGUGUUGGAGGCAGAGCGUGACUCAGCAAGUUCUUUUGAAGCACUCCCAUUUCAUUAUGUAGAGAUCUCAAGGCUUCUUUUUGAUGAUGCACGUGAUGACAUUCCUGAUGUAUAUAUGGUAAGAUCUCUAAUUGAAGACAUAAAAGAUGUAAGGUUUCACAAAAUUGGCACUGGUUUAGAGAAGCUCUCAUCUCGAACAUAUGCUAUGAAGUUGAAUUUAUCUGCAAUGGAAGUAAAUGUAAUAAGACCAUUUGUGACUGGAGGGCUUGAGACUUUUUACAAACUCGGGAAUCCGGACUUGAUCCAAGAAUCAUCAGAUAGACCCGAACACAGACGACCCCAACCAGCUGAUCGUGGACCGAGGCGUGAAUUGAGACGAUAAACACCUUCUUCAGCAUCUUGAAAAGUCCUUUUGGAUUUAUGGAUUGAGAAACUUAACUUAUGUUUGACUAUUUUCAUAUAUAUCUCGAAAUUAUUUAUAUGAGUGAAAUUACUAUUUUACCCUUGCUUAA